AUGUCUCCGUUGCCCACGGGCGGCGACUUGCCCGCUGGGCAUACUGCUGAGAAAUCUGACCAGUCGCCCUCGGAGAAGCUUUCUAUAUACCAGUAUCGGAAAGUCAAGCCCAAAAGAUCAGUUUCGUCUCGUCUCACACCUAGCAUUCAAUCAAUAAAAGCCAUUGAAAUGACAGGCUCAAACACCAACGCAGACAGCACCCUCUAUUUCUGGCGAGAUGCCGACACAAAGACCGGAUGGCUCUCACAAUGGUACUACUGCCCGUUUACGGAUGACAAAGACCCCAACAUAGUAUACGACACUGCUGAACAUUAUAUGAUGUACCACAAGGCCAUACUAUUCAAUGACCAGGCCGUGGCAGAUGAAAUCCUCCAGGCCGGUCACCCACGAAAUGUAAAGGCCCUCGGACGAAAAGUCCAGAACUUUUCAGAAGAUACUUGGAAGAAGCACAGGGUGGACAUAGUUCAAAAAGGCAAUCUUCUGAAGUUCACAACGGCAGUCACAGAGGAAGGCUUUCGAAAGGGGACCGGGGAGAACGCUCCCCUGAUUGAUGGCAGCUUACGUGAAAUGCUCCUCGCAACUGGAACCAGUGAGAUAGUGGAGGCGAGUCCGUUCGACAAAAUCUGGGGAAUUGGCUUCAAGGCUGAUGUUGCAGAAAACGCCAGGAAGCACUGGGGUCUGAAUUUGCUAGGCAAGGCAUUGAUGGAGGUGAGAGAGCAACUCAGGAAAUAA